AUAGUGACUUCCUUUCGCAUCAAGACCUUCCUAACUGCUCAGUGGCUUACGAACUUGAUAUUUUCUGGUACGGUCUUCUUCUGGAGUUUACGCAUAUUUUCCCUUUACUUAUCUAUCUUUGUUUGCCUGUGCCUAAUCAUUUCAGUAUUCUGUUACGUGAGAAUAUUUAAAAUCGUUCGCCAUCAGCAGAAAAAGAUUCAAUGCCAACAUCAAGCUGUUAAUUUGCCUCAGGGAAGCACAAUUUCAAAUUUGCUUCAGUUCAAGAAGAGUGCGAUAAAUUCGUUUUUGUUUUUUAUCGUGAUGGUUCUUUUUUACAUUCCGGCGUCGACUUAUUUCUCCCUUUUUUUCGUCACAAAAACCCCUUGGCAGAGUGGAUGGAGGGUUGCAACCACUUUAGUUUAUAUAAACUCUUCAGUAAACCCGUUCUUGUAUUGCUGGCGAAUGGGUGAUCUCAGAGCUGCAGUGAUGAAGACUGCCAGGAAGUUGUUUUGCAGAAAAUAACUAUGACGACAUUGGCCAAUUUUGAUUUGUGACUUGUUAGCUUCGCGUUCACGAAUAAAGCGUGCUGUUGUUGAACUGCCAUCUUGGAGUCCUCAGUUCACUUUGUUUUCUUCUCUAGCUUAAAUCCACCGGCGAUAAUUGUCACAACAAAGAACCAGAAGGUGAAGGAAAAAUAGUUUUCUUGGUUUCCUUAAAAGAAACUAAAAUUAGUGUAGUAAGAAAUGUAUUACUAAAACAGCACAAAACGUAUGCACGCUGAAGAAGUUCACCAUUUCAAUGGCGAGCAAAUCAUAAGACAUUGUUAACGGAAUUGAUAGUGGUUAAUUGUCAGAAUGCCUCUCUUUAAUUUUGAAACUACGCAACUGCAAACAUUUGGCCAAAAUAGCCAAAAAUACAGUUAUUUUUAUAUCAUAACCGCUGGAAAUAUAUUCCUUAGACAGCUCUUAGACGUAAGACCCCUAGGUAAGACCCCUGGAUGUAAGACCCCUGGAUGUGAGACCCCUGGAUGUAAGACCUCUGGAUGUGAGACCCCUGGAUGUAAGACCCGUGGAUGUAAGACCCCUGGCCGAUGUAAGACCCCUGGAUGUAAGACCCCUGCAUGUAAGACCCCUGGAUGUAAGACCCCUAGAUGUGAGACCCCUGGAUGUAAGACCCCUGGAUGUGAGACCCCUGGAUGUAAGACCCGUGGAUGUAAGACCCCCGGAUGUGAGACCCCUGGAUGUAAGACCCCUGGAUGUAACAUCCCGGCAUGUAAGACCCCUGGAUGUGAGACCCUGGCUGUAAGACCCCUGGAUGUGAGACCCUGGCUGUAAGACCCCUGGAUGUGAGACCACUGAAUGAUAGACCCUUGGAUGUAUAGAUUCCAUCUUAGUUAGCUCAAGGCGUUUUGUUUAUUCUAAAGUUUGUGGUGGCCAACUCGAAAGCAGUUGCUACUUUAGCCACAACACGCAUUCAAUAUAGUAUGAGCUCUGUUUUAUUUUAUUCAAUUAGUAUAGGUAAUAGCAUGAUUUGUAGUGAUAUUUGAUAUAAAUACCACGAGUGAUAUUUCAAAAUUGUUAUACUUGUAGACAAUUUUGAAAUGUCACGAGUGGUAUUUACGCCAAAUAUAACGUACAAAUCUUGCUAUUAUUUGUUUAUACUACUACACACUAAAGGUUUGUAAUUUUCACAUGUAGGUGUUUCAAAUUAAGCUGAAAUACCACUGCUCUAAGCCAAUCAAAUUGCAGAAAUUUCUCAAGUAGUAUUAUAAAUUAUUGAAGAGAAUCUGUUAUUGUUUUAAUCUAUAUUUGUGAACUGAAUUGGAAAUGAAAAGUGUGAAAAUAAAUGAACUUGAACCUGAGCUUCAACUUAAGACCCAUGGACGUCAAACGCUGGGAUGUAACAACCCUGGGAUGCACAACAACUGAUUGUAAAACAAUAAAGAAGAUAGAAGAACAGCUGGACGUAGGAAAGUUGAGCGCAAGACUCCUAGUUGUAAAACCAUGAACCCCAAACGUAAGACCGAGGCUGUAAAACCCUGACGUAAGACCCCUAGACGUAACAGCCCUAAGACUACUUAAGGUAUAAAACCCCUGGACUACUUAAGACAACUAGACUUCAGACCCCUAGUCUUAAGGCUCUUGCACGAAAAAACCCUGUACGUAAAACCCUUGGAAGUAACACACCUGGAUGUAAGACCCUUUGACGCAAGACCCCCGGGUGUAAGACCCCUGGACGAAAGAACCCAGGAUGUAAGCUCCGUGGACGUAAGACCCUUUCACGUACAACUCCAAUAUGCAAGACCCCUGGAUGUAAGACAGCUAGACGUAAGAUCCCUAGAUGUAAUAAGAUCCCUGGAUGUAAGACCCUAGGGCUUAAGGCCCCUGGACGUAAGACCAAUGGAUAUAAGACCACUGGUCGUAAGACACCUGAACGCAAGACCCCUGGACGAAAGAACCCAGGAUGAAAGACCCCUGGAAGUAGGACUCUAGGACGGAUGAAAGGCUGCUGAAUGUAAGACGCGUUAAAGUAACACCCUGAACGUAAGACCCAUGGAUGUAAGAUUCUAGGAGGGAAGAAACAUGGACACAAGACCCCUAGACGUAAGCCUUUAGGAUGAACGACUUCUUGACGUAAGACCCCUGGAAGUAAGACCCUGGAUAAAAGACUUCUGGAUGUAAAACAACUAGUCGCAAUACCCCUUAAAGUAAGACUCCUGAAUGUAAGACCCCUGCACGUAAUACCACUCAAUAUAAGACCGCAAGACGUAAGACCCUUCGAUGUAAGACCCCUAGGUGUGAGAGCCCUGGAUACAAAACCCUUCACGUAACAUCUCUAGAUGUAAGACCCCUGCAUGUUAAACGCCUGAAUGCAAGACCUCUCGACGUAACACCCCGAAAUGUAAGACCCUAGACUGUAAAACCUCCGCGCGUAAGACCCCUGAAUGUAGCUUGCCUGGACGUAAGUCCCCUGGAUGUAAGAUCCUUGGAAAUAAGAGCCCCGAACGUAUGACACCAAGAUGUAAGGCCCUGGACGUAAGAUCCCUGGAUGUAAGACCACUUGACGUAAGAUCCCAGGAUGUAAGACCCUUGAAGGUAACCCUACUGGACGUAAGAGUCCUUGAUGUAAAACCAAUGGACGUAAGACCCUGGAUGUAAGACCGCUGAAUGGAAAGACCACUGGACGUAAGACCCCUGGAUGUAAGGACCCUGGAGGUAAGACUUCUGGGUGUAAGACCCCGGGGUGAAAGACCCCUGGAUAAAAGAAGCCUUGAUGUAACAUUCCCAGAUGCAAGACCCCUCGACAAAAUUCGCUUGAAUAUGAGAUCACUCAAUAUAAGACGCCAGAACGUAAGAACCUUCCAUGUAAGACCCCUGGAACUAACAAGUCUGGAUGUAAGACCCCUGGCCGGUAAGACCUCUGCGCUGGAAUUAAGACCCUUGGUUGUAAGACCCCUAGAUGUAAUACCCUUGGACGAAAGGCCAAUGAUAGUAGCCUUGGAUGUAACACCUCUGGACGUAAGACUUCUGGAAGUAAGACUCCUGGAAAUAAAACCACCAGAAGUAAGACCCCUAGACAUAAGAAUCCGGGACGACAGGGACAACAAGGACAAGUAGCUCCAUCGGGACAAAAGGGACAACUAGGACAACCGGGACAACCGAGACAAUUGGGAUGACCAGGAUAACCAGGCAACCACGAAAACUGCAAAAACCGGGACAACCAGGACAACAAGGACAACAGGGACAACCGAAACAAAUAAGACAAGCAGGACAGGUGGGACAACCGGGACGACGACGGAGACAACCGGCACAACUGAAAACCUGGGACAACAGUGACAACAGGGCAACAGUUACAACAGUGACAACAGGGACAACAGUGAGAACAGUGACAAAAGGGAAAGAAGUGACAAUAGGGAAAACUGAGUGACAACAGGGAGAAGAAGGACAACAGGACAGUGACUGACAACAGUGACAACAGGGACAGCAGCGACAACAGUGACAAAAGGGACAACAGGUAAGACAAGGAUAACAGAGACAAGAGGGGCAGCAGUGAUAAUAGGGACAACAAAGACAACAGGGACAACAGAGGCAACAAGGACAACAGGGACAACCACACAGGGAGAAAAAGAACAACAGAGACAGCAAUUAAAUGGAUAACAAGAACAACAAGGAUAACAGGGACAAUAGGGAUAAAGUGGACAACAACAAACACAACAGGGACAACUGAGACAACAGAGACAACUUUGCAACCACGACAAUGGAGUCAAAUGAGACAACCGGGAUGGCCGGGUCAAUCGAGAUAAUUCCUGGACUACCUUGACGAUCAGGACAACCGGUACAAUCGGCAUAAUCAGGAGGAACCGUAAAACCAAAACAACGGAGACAACUAAGACGACCGGGACGACCUGCACAACUGGGAGAACGAGGACAAAAGGGAACAGCAUGAUAACCGGGUCGAUAGUGCCGACCUAGACAACCAGGACAACUGCAACAACUGGGACAACUUGGACAAUCGGGACAACCGAAACUACAUGAAGAACCGAGACAGUCUGCUUCAACCAAGAAGAUUGGGACAACCGGGUACACUGAGACAACCGAGACACCCAGGACAACUUGGACACUGGGACGACUGGGACGACUGCGACAACUAGGACAAUCAGGGCAGCUGAGACAACUGAGACAGCCAGGACAACUAAGACAACCUGGGCCCAGUUGUUCGAAGUCCGAUUAGCGCUUAACCCAGUGUUAAAUUCAACCCGAGUGUCUUUUUCUUUUGUUCAAAUCAUUUUCUCGGAUAAUUUUCUCUAGUAUUCUCAAGAGCAUCUAGUCAUCAACUUGUUGACAAAAAAAAGUAAACUGAAUUUACUUUUAACCUUUCAUAUCUAAAUUCAAAUUGCGCACUAACCCUGGGUUAUCUUAUCCCAGUUUGGAACAACCCGGCCAGGACGUAAGACGCCUGGAGGUAAUAGCCCUUGAUCUAAGACCCUUGAACUUAAGACCCCUGGAUGUAAGAUCCCUGGACAUAAGACACUUAAACUUAAGACGUUUGGAUGUAAGAUCACUGGAAGUAAAACCCCUGGACGUAAGACUCCGUAAUGUGAGACCACUAGACUUAUGAGCCCUUGAUGCAAGACCCUUUAACGCGUGACCCUUGGACGUAAGACCCGUGGAUGUAAGACCCUUAGAAUUUAAGCCCCCUGGAUGUGAGACCACUGGAGGUAAGAGCUCUGGAUGUAGGAGCCCUGGAUUUAAGAUCCCUGGACGCAAGAUUCCUCGUCAUGACACCCCUAGAUGUACGACCCACAGACGUAAGACGCCUGGAUUAAGGUCCACUGGACGUAAGAACCCUAGAUACAAGACCCCUGGACGAAAACCCCUGGAGGUAAGACCCCUGGACGCAAGACCCAUGCACGUUAGGAGCCUAUCACCUGUCCAAGUAAGUACCCUGGACGUAAGGCCCCAUCGAUGCAAGACUCUUAGACGCAAGACCCUGGACGUAAGACGCCUGGAUGUAAGACGCCAGCUGGAUGUAAGACCCUUAGAUGUAAAGCCCCUGGAUGGAAGACCUCUAGAUUUAAGACCCCUUGACGUAAGACCCCUGGCUUUAAGACCUCUGGAUGUAAGAUUACUGGACGUAAGAGCCGCGGAUGUAAGUUCCAUGGACGUAAGACCCCUCGAUACAAAACCCCUGAACGUAAGACCCCUGGAUGUAAGCGCCCUGAACGCAGACCUUGGACGUAAGACUCGUGGACGUAAGACUCCUGGAUGUAAGCGCCCUGAACGCAGACCCUGGACGUAAGACUCCUAGAUGUAAGACUCCUGGACGUAAGGUUGAAUGUUUUCCUGAUUAAGGGGAAAAGAAUGAUCAUAUCUGGGCAGAAUUCGGUCAUUUUGCUUGUCUAGUUGUCUGAGAAUGUUUUCAUAUGAUCGCGAUUUUCUCACGAUUGCCUAGAUUUUGCGUCAGCCACAUGUAAUUACUUCGAGUUUUGAUUGGUUCAAUGUAUUGUCUGUGUCCUAUGUGAUUGGCCAGAGUAAUUACUUUGGUUUUGGUUUUACGACACUCAAACAAAAACCACUCUAAACGCCUGAAUGCAAGACCCCUCGACGUAACAACCCAAAAUGUAAGACCCUAGACCGUAAAACCCCUGCGCGUAAGACCCCUGAAUGUAGCUUGCCUGGACGUAAGUCCCCUGGAUGUAAGAUCCUUGGACAUAAGAGCCCCGGACGUAUGACACCAAGAUGUAAGACCCUGGACGUAAGACCCCUGGAUGUAAGACCACUUGACGUAAGAUCCCAGGAUGUAAGACCCUUGAAAGUAACCCUCCUGGACGUAAGAGUCCUUGAUGUAAAACCAAUGGACGUAAGACCCCUGGAUGUAAGACCGCUGGAUGGAAAGACCCUAGAAGUAAGACCCCUGGAUGUUAGGACCCUGGAGGUAAGACUUCUGGGUGUAAGACCCGGGGUGAAAGACCCCUGGAUAAAAGAAGCCUUGAUGUAACAUUCCCAGAUGUAGGACCCUCGAAAAAAUUCGCCUGGAUAUGAGAUCACUCAAUAUAAGACGCCAGAACGUAAGAACCUUCUAUGUAAGACCCCUGGGUGUAAGACCUCUGCACUGUAAUUAAGACCCUUGGUUGUAAGACCCCUAGAUAUAAUACCCCUGGACGUAGGGCGAAUGUAGUAGCUCUGGAUGUAACACGCCUGGACGUAAGACUUCUGGAAGUUAAGGACUCCUGGACGUAAGACCCCUGGAAAUAAGACCACCAGAAGUAAGACCCCUAGACAUGAGACCCCCGGGACGACAGGGACAACCAGGACAAGUAGCUCAACCGGUGCAAAAGGAGCAACCAGGACAACUGUGACAACCGGGACAACUGGGACAAACGGGACAACCGAGACAAUCGGGACAACUGUGACAAACGGGACAACCGUGACAACCGGGACAACCGGGACAACUGUGACAACCGGGACAACUGGGACAAACGGGACAACCGUGACAACCGGGACAACUGUGACAACCGGGACAACUGGGACAAACGGGACAACCGAGACAAUCAAGACAACCAGAACAACAGUGACACCAGGGACAGCAGCAACAACAGUGACAAAAGGGACAACAGGGACAACAAGGAUAACAGAGACAACAGGCACAACAUGGACAACAUGGACAACAUGGACAACAAGCACAACAGCGACAACAAGGACAACAUGGACAACCACACAGGGAGAAAAAGAACAACAGAGACAGCAAUCAAAUGGAUAACAAGAACAACAAGGAUAAGAGGGACAACAGGGAUAAAAGGGACCACAACAAACACAACAGGGACAACUGAGACAACAGAGACAACCGGGACAACCGAGACAACUGAGACAACCGGGACAACCGAGACAACUUUGCGACCACGACAAUGGAGUCAAAUGAGACAACCGGGAUGGCCGGGUCAACCGAGAUAAUUCCUGGACUACCUUGACGAUCAGGACAACCAGUACAAUCGACAUAAUCAGGAGGAACCGUAAAACCAAAACAACGGAGACAACCAAGACAACCGGGGCGACCUGGAGAACCGGGACAACCUGCACAACUGGGAGAACGAGGACAAAAGGGAACAGCAUGAUAACCGGGUCGACAGUGCCGACCUAG